AUUUUACUGUUCCUCAAAGGAGAUGAACGUUAGACUAACAGAUCAACUCAACAGAAACGUCGCAGAAAUGAUAGCUUCAACAAUGCGAAAAUUAGACAGGUUAUGUCAACACCUCUCGUUUAGUUUUUGUUGCGCGUUAGACGAAGGGAAGUAGGCUAAUCAGUUUUUUUUUGAGUUGUCAAGAUAUUUCAUUCGCUACGUUUACAGUAGCCUCAUAUUACAGACGGCCUGUAUGUUUCGCAAUAUUGGACCACAUGUUGCUCCCCUGUUGAAUUUUAUUCGCUAAUUAAUAUCAGCGUUGAAGACAUCAAUAAAUCAGAAAACUGAUCUCAAAUUUAUGUGUCAAAUAGUAACCGCGGAGAUGGACCAAUAGAAUCUGGACCUCAAAUAGAGACAGGCAGACUGGAAAGACGUUUUUCGACAGUGACGGUGGAUGGGCUAAUCCCUCGCGAGGCUUCGUCACCACUCCGGCCGGUGCGGCCCAUGGACCUGCGUACCCAGGGGCUGGUGCGACCCGGGCCAGACUCAGCCAUGCUGGCCCCCCACCUCCCCCCAUUCCUGGGGGCCUUCUCAGCCCAGCACUGUGCCAAGUACUCCCAGCAGCACCUGCCACAGCACAUCCAGUACGAGUAUGACAGGGAGCAGAGUCGGCAGGAGAAAGAGCAGGAGAAGAGACAGGAGCUGCAGCAGCUGAUGCACAAGGAUAAGAGCGAGCAGAGUGCUGUGGCCAGUCCCCUGGUGAAACAGAAACUCAGAAGCCAAAUCCUGAAGAGGAAGGAGCAGGCCGCCCUGGAGAGGACCGUCUCCAACCCCUUCAGCAGCACCACGCCCAGGGGUUACAGGGAAUUGGCCCCAGAUCCUGACAUGACCCCAAAGCCUCACAUGGUGACCCCUGAUGUCCAUCAUCCACUAUGUGACCAACGCAAGGACACGCCCCUCAGAAGAACAGCCUCAGAGCCCAUCCUGAAGGUGAAGAGUAAACUGAAGAAGCACAUCAACUCCAGACAGAACCCUCUCCAACGCAAAACCAGUGCUCCCCCUACUGUCAAGCACAGAACGCCGGACACUCUGGACUAUUCCCCCAGCAGCAGUAGCACUCCAGUGUCGGGGUGCAGCUCGCCCAAUGACAGCCUCCUCUCGGAUAGCCCAGUUACUACCGGACUGGCCCACGAGGCUCAGAGGUUGCUGCUCCAGGAUGGCACACUGGCCCACUUCUCCUUGCCCUGCUCCACCGCCCGGCCCACCAAUAGCGCCAGGCUGACCGCCCAGGGUGACAGGGAGUCGGGUAGCCAUCAGAGGGUGGCCAGGGUACUGCCCCAUGUCUACCUACCCAUGGAGGGCCUCAGUGCUGCCCAGCUGGCCCACCAACGCCUCCAGCCCGUGCUCAUCCUGGAACCCUCAGUGCUGCUGCACACACAGCUAGUCAAUGUGCGAGGCCUGAGCCCGGGACCUCUCCAAUACCCCUCCUCCAGACUGGAAGGCCUGGCUCCCCCGGGCCUCCACAGACCCCUGGGUCGGACCCGCUCUGAGCCCCCCCUGCACUCUCACCACCACCAGCACCAGUUAAUGCAGCAGUACCACAACGCACUGCUGCUGGAGAGACUCAAACAGAACACACACCUGGGCAAGCUCAUGACCAAGUCCAGUGAGAAGCCUCGUGUCACACAGAUCCCCUCGAAGGACAUGGACCCGGCGGAGAGCGGGCCUGGGGACGGCUACCAGAGGAGGAGACAGAGUGGGACCAGUAGCACUGAGUCAAUGUGGGACACAGAGUCCACCUCCUCUGGCGAUUACCUAGGAGAUCACACUAUGGAACACACACCUCUGAUGAAUCAGUCAUUUCGUUGGGAGCAGUCCAGGCACCACCAGGUCCUGACAGACAGGCGUAGACAAGCGACCCACCUGGACCCCCUGGGUGUGCCCGUGGCUCUGGGCCCUGCCCACCGCCCCCUCGGUCGCGCCCAGUCCUCCCCCGCCUCCACCUCUCUCCCCCCUCCUCCACAGCCCAAGGACACCCCACUGUCUCUGGCCGGCCCUGGUUCGGAGACCACCGCCAAGCUACGCUUCACCACUGGUCUGGUGUAUGACUCUCAGAUGCUGAAGCACCAGUGCACCUGUGGCGACAAUAGCCGACACCCCGAGCAUGCUGGAAGAAUCCAAAGCAUCUGGUCCAGACUUCAGGAGAGAGGCCUCAGGAACCAGUGUGAGUGUAUCCGGAGCAGAAAGGCAACUCUGGAGGAGCUUCAGUCUGUCCACUCUGAGAAACACGUCCUGCUGUACGGCACCAACCCACUCAACCGCCUCAAACUGGACAACCGCAAGCUGGCUGGAAUCUUAUCUCAAAGGAUGUUUGUGAUGCUACCGUGUGGAGGAGUUGGAGUGGACAACGAUACGAUCUGGAAUGAGACGCACACGUCGACGGCGUCUCGCUUGGCGGCAGGCAGCGUGACGGAACUGGCGCUCAGGGUAGCACAGGGAGAGCUGAAGAAUGGCUUUGCAGUGGUGAGGCCCCCUGGACACCAUGCAGCCCGCUCUACCCCCUUGGGUUUCUGCUUCUUCAACUCCGUGGCCAUCGCAGCCAAGCAGCUCCAGCACAAACUCAGCAUCAGCAAGAUCCUCAUUGUGGACUGGGAUGUUCACCAUGGCAACGGUACCCAGUCAGUGUUCUACAACGACUCCAGCGUGCUGUACAUCUCCCUGCAUCGCUAUGACAAUGGCAACUUCUUCCCCGGUAGCGGGAACCCAGACGAGGUUGGAGCAGGAGCAGGUGAAGGCUUCAAUGUCAAUGUGGCAUGGACGGGAGGCUUGGACCCUCCCAUGGGCGACGCUGAAUACCUGGCAGCAUUUCGGACUGUGGUGAUGCCGAUUGCCCAUGAGUUCUCUCCUGACAUGGUGCUGGUCUCAUCUGGUUUCGAUGCCGUCAAUGGACAUCCGGCGCCGCUGGGGGGCUACAAAGUGUCGGCCAAGUGUUUUGGCUUCCUGACACGUCAGCUGAUGGGGCUGGCGGGGGGCCGGGUUGUCAUGGCACUGGAGGGGGGUCACGACCUCACGGCCAUCUGCGAUGCGUCGGAGGCCUGCGUCCGCAUCCUGCUAGGCACUCAGGUGGAGCCCCUGUCUCAAGCGGUUCUGGAGAGGAGACCCUGUCGCAACGCUGUCCUCUCUCUACAGAGAGUCAUACAGGCCCAGGGUGAGUACUGGCGGUCGUUGAGGGCAGUGGCCCACACAGUGGAUCAGUCCUACCUGCAAGCCCAGGGACAGAGUCUGAGACGGAACUCAGAGGACCACAACAACACAGUGUCCGCAAUGGCCUCUCUCUCCAUGGCUAGCCUCACCACAGACAGGACACACAGAGAUGAACUCAUGGAGGGGGACUGUGACUCCAUGUAGACAAGUGCACUUUCUGAUAAACCUAUCAUCACAGACAAACACACUGUCAUCCACUCGGCGCUGCUUCACUUGACCAGAAUCCACUGCCUCCAGUUGUCACUGUACAGACCACAUUCUGACCUCUUAUAGUCAAACUGACUAGUGUACGCCUCACACACUCCUACACCUCAUCAGAACACAGUACUACUGGCCUUACUAAGACCACUCGCCUGCUUCGACCGCAACUUAACCACACACCGAGAAGACAUCCCAUGAACAGGGAAAAGGAGGACCAAGAGGAAGGACAAUGAACACUUGUGUUCUUGACAUGCCACUCCGUGCCUUUCCAGGUGUGUUACUCCCCCAUUACCAUAUAACAUUGUGAAUUGUGAGGACACAGAAGGAGAGGAGCACCAGACCUGAGCAGAAACUGGAAGGGUGAAAUAUACAUCCUUAGUCCAAACCGCUUUCAAACACCACUGGGGAGGUUACGACUUGACUUGUAUCAUGAAGUGACUUGACAAAGACCAGCUAGACGGCAGGCUGUGAACAGAGUGUCUCUGGGGAGGAGGACAACUGUUUUUUGCCUCGGUCACAGGUUACCGCGGAGCAUCGCCAGGCCGACAGAGCCGAAUCACAAAAGGAAGUAGGAAGUUGUCCCAUGUCCCCACAGGAAGUCACUAUGAAGGAAAACAGACAUUGGACACUCACCAGGGGACACCUAAAAUGCAUCUCGUUCUGAUGAUGUCAUUCGUAUUUAUGCGUCGCCAACAAAAUGAAGAAAAAGAGAGAGGAGACUGAGAAUUUUGUACAGACUUUUUUUUGCACUGUGCAUUUUGUAAUGUGAACCAAGGAGAGAAUGACAGUAUAGACCACAUUGAAGCUCUCCUGGGAUUGGUGAUAAAACAUAUAAAUGAUCAUAUUUGUGUUUUUAAGCUGAUUGAAUUAUUGUAAGUUUUAUCUAUUGCAUAUUGUAUUGCAAACGUCAAUACAUAAUGGUAAUAUUUUUUUAUUAUCACAUAGCGAACCCUAUGAUUCACGUGCACAGAUAGGGCUCUACCUGUGCAAAGCAUAUGCCCCUUUUCCCUUCCAGUCUCCAAAGUGGCCUUUUGGGUGGUGGUAUAAUUUCCCCCCAAAUUAAUUUUUUUGUAAAAAAAAAUGUGUCAUUGUGGUUCAGAAGUCGUCGUGACGUCGUCAAGUUCGCCACCCCACACCCCGUCCAUUGGUUGUGCCAACCCACACGCCCGGUUGUACCAGUUUCCCAGUCUGCCAUGUACAGAGAUUUAACAAUACUACUGGCCUUACUAUGCAAAAAAAUGUAAACAUUUUCACAAAAGAGGCAUUUGGUAUGUUAGGAAUUUCAAGAUAUGAAUAAUAGUAUUUGUUUUGGUAGUGGGGUGCCAUUUUUUGGGGGGGGGAGCACCUGCCCCCUGAAAGAUCUGUGCAUGGCCCUGAUAGGUUUUAUAGUUGUUUUCCUUCCAUAGGACAAAAAACAUGCAAAAGUGAGGGUAAGACUUUGUUAACACUCCCUUUCAGACAGCAGUUGAGGGCAUCUUCACAUUCUUUAUCAUUCUAGUGAUAAAAGUUAUUAGGAAUUAAUCAUAUGAUCAGUGAGACAAUUCAAUCAGGAAACACAGGCAGUCGGAUCAAACGUUCCAAAGCUGUUUCAGCCAAUUACACACACCGUCAUACUGUACGGAGAAGUCCUACUCAACACUUGACCACACACAAAAUAAAUGUUUAUGGAUGUCAAAUCAAAUGCAAAUCAAAAUGUAUUGGUCCCAUACACAGAUUUGCAGGUGUUAUAACAGGUGCAGUGAAAUGCUUAUUCGCUACACCCGCAAUAACAUCUGCUAAAUAUGUGACCAAUAACAUUUGAUUUGAUUUGACUGGCUCCAACAGUGCAGUAGAAUGUCAUACAAAUACAAUACAAAUAUACAAAUAAUCAAAAAAAUAAAUAAAGAAAUGACAGAACGAGAACACA